CUUCAGCCUGCUUCACUAUUCACAUCUUUUCCUUGCUUUGUUUUUCUUGACUUAAUACCAUCACCGCUGAGCUUUACCAUGACCGACAACAUCUCGUACCAAACCACCGCCAAGCCCACCGGGUACCAGCCGCCAGUGGUGGAGUUCAACCCGCCCAGGUUUGCUGUCACGCACAACAUCAAAAGCGAGUCUGCCUACGAGUCGGUGAUGACUAGCCUCGGCAACUUCUUUGGCACCUUUGGGCAAAUCCCCGGCUGCUUCUGCUGCCCGAACCCCUUCAAGGCUGUCCCGCAGGGCACCAUCGCCCUGGUUUCGCGUUUCGGUCGCUACUACAAGACUGCCGAUCCUGGCUUGGUCAACGUGAACCCGCUGACUGAGAACGUGCGCUAUGUGGAUACGAAGAUUCAGAUUGAGUCGAUUGGGCCUGUGCCCAUUGUCACAAAGGACAACGUCACUGUCGGCAUCGAGGCAGUUCUGUACUGGCAUGUGACGGAUCCGUAUCUGGCGACAUAUGGGGUGUCUAAUGUCUCGCAGGCCCUGAUUGAGCGCACACAGACCACCCUGCGCGCAGUGCUAGGCGGCAAGGAGCUGCAAGACAUGAUUGAGAACCGCGACACGAUCGCCUCGGCAAUCACCAAUAUUAUUGACAAGCCAGCGCACAACUGGGGUGUGGCCGUCGAGUCCAUUCUGAUCAAGGACAUUGUGCUGUCGCAGGAGCUGCAGACGUCGCUCUCAUCGGCAGCUACCCAGAAGCGUAUCGGUGAGUCCAAGGUCAUCCAGGCGCAGGCCGAGAUCCUGAACACUCCGGCUGCCAUGCAGAUGCGUACCCUGGAUAGUCUGGUGCAGAUGGCAAAAGCCGCCAACACCAAGGUGCUUACUUUGGGAAUCAACGCCGUUGCGCCAGGACAGAGUGCAGGUGGCCUUGUUACGCAGAACGCCUUCCCACAGACUUCGUCGGGGACGCAGCAAGGGAAUCCGAUUGCACAACCUGUAAAGGACUCAGUGGUAUAUAGUCAGUUGGCCGAAAUGUGAGUUUGGUAUUAUAAAAUUGUCAUCUGAAUCCUAUGUUACUUUCUAAUAUACUACUUUUCAAGCCAUUGC